GUUCGGGCUCUGGGAUGGCGGCCCUCGCCCGGGAGCUGAUGUGCUCGGCGGUGGCCGGGAGUGAGCGAUGACCCGGCUUCUGGGCGUGGUGCACAGAGUGGCUUUGGCCACUGUGGGCUGCAGUAUCCCGAGCUGCCGCAGUCUUGCCAUGUUCUAUGCCGUGAGGAGGGGCCGCAAGGCCGGGGUCUUCCGGACCUGGGAUGAAUGCAGAGCGCAGGUGGACCGGUUCCCUGCAGCCAGAUUUAAGAAGUUCGCCACAGAGGAGGAAGCCUGGGCCUUUGUCAGCAGGGCUGCAAGCCCCAGUCAUUCAGAAGGGCAAAAACCUAAACACGUAGAAGAACCACAAGUGAAAGCAAGCAAGCGACUCCGUGAGCCCUUGGAUGAGGGUGAAAAUGCAGAGGUGUGUGCAAAGCACGUGAGACAGAGCACAGAGCCACCACCUCCAGUUAGCAAAGACACCUUUUCUUACAUGGGGGACUCCGUGGUCGUCUACACUGACGGCUGCUGCUCCAGUAACGGGCGCAAGAGGGCUCGCGCAGGAAUCGGCGUGUACUGGGGGCCAGGGCAUCCCUUAAAUGUAGGAAUUAGACUUCCCGGGCGACAAACAAACCAAAGGGCUGAGAUUCAUGCAGCCUGCAAAGCCAUCGAGCAAGCUAAGGCUCAGGACAUCACUAAGCUGGUUCUCUACACGGACAGCAUGUUUACCAUCAAUGGCAUCACCUCCUGGGUGAAGGGCUGGAAGCAGAAUGGCUGGAGGACCAGCACCGGGAAGGAGGUGACCAACAAGGAGGAUUUCGCGGAGCUGGAGCGGCUGGCGCGGGGCAUGGACAUUCAGUGGAUGCAUGUUCCUGGCCAUUCGGGAUUUAGAGGCAACGAAGAGGCGGACAGACUAGCGAGAGAAGGCGCGAAGCAGCCUGCAGACUGAGCAGAUUUUGUCAUAAAAGCAUGCAGAAAAUGAUAAAAAAUAAAUGAGUAGCUUAUUGAAUUACUGUUACUACUGCUACAAAUACCAUUACCGUUACGAUGAUUCCUGCAAGUGAACACGCUUGUGGCCCGCGCCCGGAGCUACCCCGCUGCUGCGGAAGCGACUGCCUGCCCUUCUCCACGGCACCUUAGUCUGCUGGCUUCUUACCUUGACGUUUCUCUUCUCCUUAAUUGACUUUUAAUUGGAGGCUGAUCGCUCUGCCCCACUGUGUUGGUUCUGCCUCACAACAACAGGAACCCGCUGUCAGGAUGUGUAUGUCCCCUCCCUCUUGAACCUCCCCCACCCCCUAACCUGACAUUUCUUAAGUCUCUAAUUCCCAGGUUCUCCCUCAACCUGUCGGUGUCCCUACAGGUUAUCUGUGGAAGAGCCUGAGCAAUCUGCCCUACCGGUUCCCACUUUGAGAUCUGUUGCUCGCCAUCUUGGGCCGUCUAGCGUGUUCUCGCGUCUCCGUUGCCUGCAGGUUGGCAGCGGGAUCCUCCCAUGUGCAUGUGUGUCCCGGGUGCUCAUCAAAAGGCACGUGACCUUGUCCUUCCCGCGUGGGAAGCUGCUGGCGCUCAGGGCCGGGUCCGUUAAGUCACACAGGUGGCAGAAAGCUGAUACCUUCCCAUCCUGCUUGUUUAUUAGCUGGAAUAGUUUCAGAAGCUCCUUCCCCUCAUCAAUUUUGGCUCCAGAGGGUAGAGGUCACAUAUGAAAGGCAGUUAAGUGCUAAGAUUGGCUCCCUGUCAUCCUGAGAAGGUGACCGAUUAGGGGGAUUUCUUUAUGUGUUUUAUAACAUGUAAAGAUGUGUAUAGCUCAUGAACUUGUGUACUUGAGCCUUUCUGGUGGACUUCAGCCCGUCGCACCCAGCCUGCAGCUGCUCUGGGCUGUCGGAGGA